AUGUGUAGAAAUGUUCUACAUGUGGAGAUCAUCAAUGAAGAAGUGAAACUUUCAGAAGAGGAUGAUGAAACUGACGGCUAUGUCGGUAUAUCUGAUAGAGAGGCUAUAGAGGCUGGUGAUGAAGAUGGGACUGAGAAUGAUGAAACUGAUGUCUAUGUCGGUAUAUCUGAUAAAGAGACUACAGAGGCUGGUGAUGAAGAUGGUAAUGGUGGUGUGCUCACUUUUCACGAAGACAUUGAGAUGCAUGAUGGUGUUAAUCAGAGACGGGAUGAUGGUAUGGAUUUGGUUAUAGGUCAAGAAUUUAUAACCAAGGAGGCAGAAAAAGUUCUUAUUCAAACGGCAUCAUAUCAGAAAUCUUUUGAAUUUGAUAUAAUUAAGUCGGAUACUAAGAGAUUUGUGGUUAAAUGUCGAGGAGCCAAAGAUGGGUGCGAGUGGUUUGUGCGAGUUGCAAUGUUAAAGAAUUCAGAUAUUUGGACGGUUAGAAGUUACAUCAAGCAACAUACAUGUUCUGUCGUUACAAGAACACUGCCUGAUAGAGAGGCUGGUGAUGAAGAUGGUACUGAGAAUGAUGCAACUUGUCGUGUGCUCACUUUUCACGGAGACAUUGAGAUGCAUGAGAUGCAUGAGAAUUUCACGGAAAGAGAUGAGCAUGUGCUUGAAGAUACAGAAGUAAGACCACGAGUUGUCUAUCAGCCACGGGAUGAUGGUACAGGUUUGGUUUUAGGUCAAGAAUUUAGAACCAAGGAGGAAGCAAAAGUCCAUAUUCAGACGGCUUCACAUCAGAAAUGUUUUGAGUUUGAUAUAACUAAGUCGGAUACUACGAGAUUUGUGGUUAAAUGCCGAGGAGCCAAAGACGGGUACAAGUGGUUUGUGCGAGUUGCAAAGCUAAAGAAUACAGAUCUUUGGACGGUUAGAAGUUACAUCAAGCAGCAUACAUGUUCUGUUGUUACUACAAGAACACUGCAUGAUAGAAGGAAAUGCACAUCACAAAUCGUUGCAUCUGUUUUGGCUCAAGAUUAUCCUGGUACAUUUGACACACCAGUUCCCAAAGUUCUGAUCGAUUUGGUUCAUCGAAGGGUUGGUGUGGAUGUAUCAUACACCUCAGCAUGGAGAGGAAAAAGAGAAGCUGCUAAUGAAGUGCGUGGAAGUUCAGAAGAGAGUUUUACUUUAUUAUACUGUUAUAUGCACAUGCUGGGGCAGACGAAUAUUGGCACAAGAACUCGUGUGGUAGUGGAUGAGGCCAACAAAUUUAAGUAUCUGUUUUUUGCCCUGGGAGCUAGCAUAGAAGGAUUCAGUGCGAUGAGGAAAGUCCUCAUUGUGGAUGGAACACACCUCAAGAAUGUUUAUGGUGGAGUUCUCCUCGUUGCGACUGCUCAGGAUCCUGAUCAUCACCACUACCCAAUUGCGUUUGGUGUAGCAGAUGGUGAGAAUGAUGAAAGCUGGAUAUGGUUUAUGGAACAGUUGAAAUCAGUGAUAUCCGAUGUCCCGGGAUUGGUAUUUUUUUCAGAUAGAAACAAAAGCUUGAUCAAGUCAGUACGUCUAGUGUUCCCUGAGGCCGAACAUGGGUAUUGGCAUUUGUUUCAGAAUGUUAAAACCCACGUCCAUAACAACAAAGAUACUUGUGCGUUCAAGUUUAGAGAAUGCGCACAUGCUUAUACGGAGGCUGAGUUCAAGUACCUUUAUCAUGCUUUUCGCCGGAAGUAUCCUAGUGCAGCAGCGUAUCUUGACAAAAGUGUUGAAGAGAAGAAGUGGGCUAGAUGUUACUUCAGAGGAGAUAGGUACAAUGUUGACACCACCAAUUCAGUAGAAUCUUUUAAUGGUGUUAUUAAGGAAGUGAGAAAGUCUACCUUACUACCAAUGUUUGAUGUUAUCAUUGCGAAAAUGUCUGAAUGGUUUAACAACCAUAGGAAGGAGACAGCUGAAAUACCAUACACACUGAAGCUUGUGCCUAUUUUGGAAACCGAAAUGUCUAAAAGAUGUGUUGAUGCGGGGUUUCUUACAAUUGACGAAUUAAACAGCUUCCAUCUUGAGUACAAUGUGCAUGGUACUGACGGCAAGGUUUAUACUGUUGAUAUGGCUAGGAAUACUUGCAGUUGUGAACAAUUUGAUAAAGACAAAUACCCUUGUGUGCAUGGAGUGGCUGCUGCCACAUUCAUGUCUAAGGCAGCGGGAAGGGAACUCCAUCUAUCAGAGUAUUGUUCAAAAUACUAUUUGGUGGAGCAAUGA